UAUUGUGAUACAUUAAAAUCAGUUUGCAAUUCUUUCGGAAAUAUGCAAUUUUGAUCGAUGAAGUCGAUGGAUUUAUACAAAGAAUUGAUUGAAAUAGAUUACAUACUUUAAAUUUUAAAGUUUAAAAUAAUAGAAAAAUAUACAAAAUGUAAAAAAAUUAGUAGUGCAUGCAUCACUUAGUGGAACAUGAACUAAAGAAAAGAAACAUAGUACUGCAACAUCUAAUAUUAAAGAAUGUUUCACAGAAUAUUCUUUAGAAGAUAAAGUUGAAGCUUUAAAAAACAUGCUCUCUUAUAAUGAAAAACAUGGACAAAUUGGACCAUCAUAUACAAAUAAAAUAUGUAAUUUAAAAAAAACAACUGGUAUCAAAGAAUGCUUACAAGGAAAUGAAGAAACACCAUUUCAAACACUUAUUUCAGAACUAAGAAAUACUGUAAUGAAUAGUUAUUGGAAUAAAGAAAUUGGAAAAACACGUUAUCAAGUUCCAAACCUUCCUAUAGGAUUAAAUCCACUGGACACAACUUUUGGGAAAAAAAUUAAGUCUGUUUUUAUUAAUUCUGUAGAAGCAACUGUGGCUGAACUUCUUAAAGAAAAAGUGGAUAAAAAUAAUAUAUUAGAGCAAGAUAUUUUAGAGAUGUAUAAAAAAAGUCACAACAGUUAUUUGCCUGCAGAACAAAUUAAAAGACGUUACAAAAAACCUUUUGAUCAAAAUUUAUAUUUUGGAAAACCAACUAAUACUAGUACAGAAGGUGCUCGAGUAAAGAAACUUUUAACAUGGGUUAUUACUGAUGUCAAUAAAAUAAUUAAUUCCGAGUUAGAUGAUUUUAUAGAAGAUUCACGUUCUGAUAUCAAAGAAGUAAGAAAUUUGAAAAAUACACAUAUAUGUACAAACGUAGUAUCCAGUAAAAUAAAUGAAAAAAAAGGAGAGAACAUACAGAGUAUUUUAAAUGAAUGUUCCCCAAAUAAUGAUCAGAAGAUAAUGCAAUACAACUACUUAGAGUACAUAAAUAGUUUACGUCAAAGACUUAAAAAACGUGUUCCAGAAAUUCCAUUUGCCGAUGUUUUUGAAGAUUUAGUUAAUCUUGAUAAAGAUUACACAGAAAUAUUACCAGAAAAUGAAGUCUUUCCUGUAUUAGCUAAAUAUAAAAUAUAUGUAAAUGAAAUACUUUUAAUGCCAUUAUUGGAUCUUCUUCAAAUACGCAAAGGGAAAAAUGUGAAGUACACUGCAUUAUUAAAUCUUUUAAAUUGGAAAUAUGAUUUUCCUACAUUACCAAAAAUAGAGAAAACACCUAUAGAAUGCCAAAAUUAUAGUACUACAUAUAAUGAAACAAUAGGGAAUAUAGAAGAAAAAAGUAUUAUAAAUGUUUCUGCAGCUGGGAUUCCAUCUAAUAUCACAGGAGAAAAAACUACUGCCUUCAAUCUAAUAUUCCCAAAUAUUUUCACAAGAUAUGGUCUUAGUAAUUUGGAUCUUUCUAAAGUUCGAAGUAAAGAAGAAAUGAAAAGUAUUUUUGAGAGGAUUGGAAUUCAAUUUCCCAAUGACAAUUUUGAUUUAGUUUGGGAAGAAGAAUUUAAAAAAAGUGGUAAUGGCAAUCUGUCUAUAGAAACUUUUAGACACCUAUUUGAUCAAUAUAACUAUUAAAUUAGUAAUGAAACUUAUUAGCACCUGUAACCUGUUAUUAAAAAUUCAAUGUUUAAUUAUCA